CAGGACCUCUACACCUAACGAAGCAUCCUUCCAAAGAUGAGGAAGUAGUACACACGGAAGCACCUAAUCUCAUCUAAUCUGCUAAAAAUAAACAUAUCUAGUGUGUAUGGCCGUGUGAACACAUAGAACAAAACCCCAACAAAUACAAUUAUCACUUAAAGUUGAUGCAUAAAGUUGAUACAAAGAAAAAAAAAAUAGCAAGACUUUUACAUUCAAGAGAGUUGCUCUGCGAUUUCCUACCAUCCUUUUUCAAGACUUUUCUCCUUUUUUCUAUAAACCAUUUGCAAUUUGUAUUAUUUUAAUCUAUGAUUUUCUCUGUUUUGCUUCUUCUUUCUUCUUCCUAGAAGCUUGUUAAAUCCCCAUGUGAGAAUUAGUAGGAGAGAGAAUUUGUAUUAUCCUUUCUUAUUUUUAGCUACUUACUUAAUUCUUUCAACACUUAAUUGUUUAAUUUUUGAUCUUUAAAAAAAAAAGUUUCUUGUUUUAGAAGCUCUGUGUUUUUGUGGUAGAUUCCUCUGACUGAAAACUCAGAUGGGAAAUUGCUUCGGUUCUUCUGCACAAGUGGAUUCUUACAACUCUCAUCCUACUUCUGCCACAGGAGCCUCAAAAGUUGCCAGUGUUGGGAGGAUAAGCCACUCCUCGAACCUGUCUAGUCCGAUUGUCUCAGCACCAAGUGUCAAAAGUAGCAAUCGAAGUCUUCCUAAUCCGAGAUCUGAGGAUGAAAUAUUGUCUUCUUCUGGUUUAAAAGCCUUCUCCUUCAACGACCUUAAGACUGCCACCAAAAAUUUCCGUCCUGACAGCCUUAUUGGCGAAGGUGGUUUUGGUUAUGUUUUCAAGGGGUGGAUCGAUGAGCAGACUCUCUCUCCUUCAAGACCUGGAUCCGGAAUGGUUGUUGCUGUCAAGAAGCUUAAACCUGAAGGUUUCCAGGGUCAUAAGGAGUGGUUGACAGAAGUAAACUAUCUUGGCCAACUACAUCAUCCUAAUCUAGUGAAACUCAUCGGAUACUGUCUUGAUGGUGACCACCGGCUAUUGGUAUACGAGUUUUUGCCCAAGGGGAGCCUAGAGAAUCACUUGUUCAGACGGGGACCUCAGCCAGUCUCAUGGGCAACAAGGAUUAAAGUGGCUAUAGGUGCUGCAAAAGGACUGUCUUUCCUUCAUGAUGCUGAAUCACAAGUCAUCUAUCGUGAUUUCAAGGCUUCAAAUAUCUUGCUUGAUGCAGAGUUUAAUGCCAAGCUAUCCGAUUUUGGUUUGGCAAAGGCAGGGCCCACCGGGGAUCGUACUCAUGUAUCAACUCAGGUCAUGGGCACUCAGGGCUAUGCAGCACCCGAGUAUGUAGCUACAGGCCGCCUUUCAGCAAAGAGUGAUGUCUAUAGUUACGGGGUUGUCUUACUUGAACUAUUGACUGGACGGCGUGCACUUGACAAAUCAAGAGUUGGUGUAGAGCAAAGUCUGGUGGAUUGGGCAAAACCAUAUUUGGGUGACCGGAGAAAGCUAUUCAGAAUCAUGGAUACCAAAUUGGAAGGCCAAUAUCCCCAAAAAGCUGCUUUUACAGUUGCUACACUUGCUAUACAGUGCCUAACUCCCGAACCAAGGUCAAGGCCUAAAAUGUCGGAGGUCUUAGAGGAACUCGAGAAGCUGCAAGACCUAAAAAACACAAAUAAAAGCUACAAAAACAUUUCGAGCCCCAUGCAUUCUCCAAUGAGAAGCCAUCAUUCUCCCAUGCGUUUGACACCCUCGGCAUCUCCAUUGUCCUCUCACCGGCAAUCUCCUCUUGUUCGUUGAUUCUGAAGAUUCUUCUUCCCUGUUGUUGGUGCAUCUUCACCUUCUUAAGUACUACGUAUGUUGCAGUUUGUAUAUAUUGUUAGCUCAUCCUUGUACAAGAUUGUUUUCAGCUGCAACCUUAGGUAAUAGUAUACUGUCACCUGCCUGUUUUCUCUGAAAUUGUUUUGAAGAGAAGUAAAGUUUUGUAUUUUAUUUUUCGGGUUUGGUGUCAGUUCUCUGGUUUGUAAUUGCACAGGAUGAAAUAUGCCAAGUAUAUAGGAGCGUAGAAUGCUUCUCGAAGGCGUUUGUUGUAUUAUCAUUCAUUGAUUGAAAAUUUCGACAUACGUUUUCUUUUUAA